AUGAUUCAGGAGAGUGAUGUAAAGAAUAUUAGGCUUGAUGGGGGGGUUGGGGAUGUCUUGCCGGAGACUAUAUUGAAGGCGCGCAUUGCGUUGUUAGCCACUGCAAUUGGUGGACCGGAUCAUAGUUCAGAACAGGAACCUCCUCCUUAUCGAUUAGGAGAUGAUUGUUUGGCCUGUUUAAAGGAUUUGAGGAGGUGGUUUACACUUGUUGAUGAGAAGCAAAGACGGUGGGAUGUAGCACGGGCGGCAGCGGAGUUUAAGAUACUUGUUGAUGAUUUGAUUCCGAUUCUUGCUGACUGGGAGGAAAGAAGUGCCAAAGCUGUGAAGCAGAGUCGGAGGUCGGGAGGAACAGUGGGGGAUUAUUUUAGGAACAAGGGGUAUUACGAUAAGGUUGCACUGAAUGCAUUUCAGUUGGUGGUAUGGAUGACUUGGCCUAUUAUGUUGACAGAUGAAUCUUCUCAAAGCCAUAUAGCAAAUUACUCAGAUUUGAAAAAGCAUCAGUUGAUAUACAAGAAGAUGUUAUUGUCUUCUAAUGGCGGUAAAGUUGUGAAAGCAGCUAUUCGAUUGGCUUCAGAUAUCAUACGGAUAGAUAGGCUUCAGCGUUCCCCACGAGACAAUGCGCUUCUUCGUCUCGUUCUUAACUUUUUGAGAAAUAUCCUUGCCAUUGAACCCAGCGAAGUAACAAUUAGUAGUAAGCAGCGCACCGGAAAUAGAGGCGUUAGUGCUGCGGAGUUACUACCACCGAACGUGUCAAUGGAUGACAUAUCUUUGAAUAACGUUGUAUCGACAUUCCAACGGAGCAAAGUUUUUGCAUUUUUACUCACAAUUUCGAGUUCGAUUAACAGUGAAUUCGAUGCAGAGUACGUUAAAAUUCCUUUACUAGAGAUUAUCUUUUAUUUAACAAAGGAUCUCAGCCACGAUCAUUUAUUUAAGUGGCUAGAUUCGUCUGAGUCAUCAUUACCGGCAACUGUAGAUCAUCAGAACAAGGGUUCAUCAGUUGGUCAUAGACCAAAAGUGAUUUCACGCGCAGGAGAAGAGUUGAAUCAGUUACUCGUCAAGGAGCGUGACCUCAAGCGCUCACAAAUUAGAAUUUCAUCAACAAGGCACUCUCGUUUUGGUGGGUUUUUCUCUAUCCAAACACCUGACAACGUGCGGUUGACUGUAUCUAAUAGCCACAAUAUUUUAGAUCAAGAUGCUGCAUUGAAAACCUUGGAUAAUCGUAAAAAGUGGAAUAAAGCGGUGCGGAACCCUGCUGACAUUGUUCAGGGAGUUCCGAUUAGUUUUCUGAAUAGUGCUGCUUCAUCGACUUAUGUUACACAGGAGAACGCUAAAUGUCUCAAGCGUUAUCUAGACGGCUUUAUUACAUCUUCUUUUAAUAUUCUAUUUAAGUUGAUUGCGGAUCAUUUCACUACGGAUGAGUCGAACCAUGUAAUGCUGAAUAAAAUCCAUUUUUUGUUGUCAUAUUCAUGGUUUCUAAAAUACCAUAGGAUCAGUAGUGAGAAAUAUAAUAUAAUUGAUCCCAUUUCUGUCUCACAGGCUUUGCAAGAUACUUGUUAUAUUCUGUUGCCUAAGUUUCUCAGAGAGUCGUACGAACAAAAAAAUUGGGCUGUUGUGCAUGCUGCACUGUUGGCUAUCACAGAGCUUCUGAUGUAUCUUAAUCAAUUGGAUAACCCAGAAUGUGAAGACACCGUCGAUGAUAUAAUGAGUCGUAUGUUUAGUGAUGAAAAUAUUAAAUUAUUGUCUAACAUACCCAAAUCAGCAUCUUCACAUUCACCACAGUAUGUGAGAGCCUGCGUUAACUUAAACGACACAAUAUUCAAAACUAUAGAGAAAUAUGAGCGUAAUAACAAAACAUUGACUACAAAAAGCUUCGGGAGAUAUAGAGGUGGUCGGUUUACCGCCAAGAUGGAUAGUUCAGCAAAUGAAGCUUCUAAACAAGGGACCGCGCAAAAUGAAGAUCAAAAUAAUGAGGAAUCUUCCAAUGAUGACAGCGAUAUAGAGGAAAAAAGUACAUUUAGGAUGGCUCAGAUAAAUUUCCAAAAAGUGUUAAACGCAUAUAUAUACGCUGGAACUAUUGAUACUUACGUUAAGUUUCUCCAACGUUACCAAGAGUUGGAGGGAGAUGAUAUCAAAAAAGUUAUGCGAUUCUUAAAUUACGUUACCAUCGACGUUCAAGAGGAAACAUUUCUGUUCAGAAUUGACUUUAUUAUUCUAUUAAAGGACAUGUUAAGUCCAAAUGGAUUAGACUAUGGAUCAAAGAAUAGGAAAUAUGUUCUCGAUUUCGCAACCCAUUUCAUGUCAAGGUUAAAAGAAAAACUAAAAAAGGCCCCUUCUUGGUAUGUCAACCUAUUAUUUCCUAAUUUGCACGACCGUCAAUUAGGGCAUUAUAUGCGGUACGGCGAGCAUAAACCUAUUAUUCAAGGUCUCCGCCGUGUUGCCUGCCCAACCCAGUUUAAACCCAGUAAUGACCACAAUUCUUUGUCUGGAGGGCAGCCGAUAGAUUUCAAAUUAGGAAUACUGGUAUCAACACUUAUCGAUGAAGGUAAAAGAGAUUUCGUUACUCAAAUACAUGAAAACUUCACAAGAACAUUAGAGUCAUACAAAGAAGUUGCUGGCAAAGAAAUACAUGAAAGAUUGACCUACCCACGAAGUGACUUCCGAAGUGACAUGUGUGAUAUGAAACGGGCUCUUCUUUUUGACGGCGAUAUACGUGCUCUGGUCCUUCUAUUAGGCUAUCACCUUCCAUUUUCUGAGAAAGAACAAUGUUAUAUGGGCGGUCAAUAUAAUUUACUAGAAUUGGACAAUAUAUUAAGCGUACUGGGUAAGUAUUUACUUAUCCCAUUCCAUACUCCCAACGGAUUACAAUCGUCCUCUUAUUUAGUUCGCCCAACCGUGCCCCGUGGAGGUAUUGCGCAUAAUGAUACUGUGGAGAACUUAACAGAUUACCCUGUAAACGAUUCUCAAAAUAUUAAAGCUAAUGACAAAUUAGACGACUAUAGCGAUCGUUAUUUUCAAGAUCUGGAACGCAUUGAGGAAAGGCUCGCUGGGAAAAAACUUCCUAAAGGUACGGCGAAAGCAAAAGCGAAAGCAAAUUCCAAAAAGGGAAAGAAAUCCAAGGUCAAGCAGUUUGGUGUAAAUGAUGAGCACCUGCCUCGCAAUAUCGACAAGAAGUUACAAAUUGUUAGCAAGGAGUUGAUAAGUGACUCCGAUGAUGAAGAUAAUCUACUUCUGAAUCCCAUAUUUUACGAAAACGAAAUGUAUUUGAGGUUCCUUCUUGACAAACACAAUGGGCAGCUUCCAGCUGAUAUGUUUGCCGCAUUUUCCAGAUUUUCAAACGAGAGACUGCAAAAUGGAGGCACUACAGUGGGAGAUUACAGCACAUUAUUUAACGGACCAGUACCCCAGCUGGGAGAUAUAACGUCUCAUGAUAAAAAUGGUUCGCGGAGUACAUCAAAGUACAUGUUAGAACCCAAUACUCGAAAUAAAUUCGAUAAAAUAACAAAUGACUCAGAUUUGAGGGACUCUCCAUUCAAUGAUGAUGGACUAGAAGGUUCAAAAAACAUAGAUGUACCUUUGAGCGAUUUUGAGUAUGACAGUACAUCGCCAUCGAAUUCAAUCCCGCCAACGGAUACUGUCUCGACGGUGUCAGUUCAAGUAGCUUCAGUACAGUUACCAAAAAAUACAAAAGGUCGAUCAUAUAAUGAAAGCGAUUCUGAUGAUGCUGUGGUCCCUCGAAAGAAGUUGCCAAGAUUAAUGCUUUCAGAUGAUGAAAGCUGA